GUGUAUCUCCAUUUAAAAAAAAAAAAAACUUAUUUCUGCAUUUAAAUAACAGCAACAAAGUAGAAAACAUUAUUGAAGAAAAGCCUAAAUGCAAGAGGAGUAAAGUAAUAAUACCUUCUUCGGAGGGUCCAAGGAAACAUUCAAUCUUACGAAACGAAACUUGCUGGGGUGCUUCUUCCCAACUAUUUAUACAGACCACUCCCUCUUUACGCACGCUUCUCGCCUCUCCUUCCUUCCUUCCCUCUCGAUCAAAUCACAGGCUUUCAAUCUUUGUGCUCCAAGAACAGCAAAUCCCGAUCAAAUUCUUCUCCCGAGCGGAUUUGUCCUCCAGCGUCUAGCCUCAAUCCUGCAACCAUGAUGCCCGAAUAGUAUGCUCUUGCGCACCCUGUCUCCCUUGGAUCAAUUAAUCCCAAAGUUGUUUGAUUGUUGAAUUCUAGCCAUUGGCGAAAUCUUAUAGUUGGUUUCUAGUUCGGUACGACUUUUUGCUUUCUGGGUCGGGCUUAGAUUCGGGAAUUUUCAAGAUUAUGUGGCCUGUGGGUAUUGUCGGUGAUCAAUCAAUUGGAUGUUUGUUUCACGUCUGCAGAAAAAGUUUGCGCCUUUUCCUCUUAUCUUUCUCUGUCUGUUCUUCGGUCGGCGUCUUCCUUGCUGAUGGAGUGAUUAGAGAUUAGAUCUUAAUCAAAUCCCCAGGCUUUGAGCCUAUUUCUCUGUGAAUUCUAUGCUUUCUUGUUAAUCGUCAAUAUUGGUGGAUCUGAUAUAUGUCGUAUGGUAUUGACUGGCUGACCUGGUUCCAUAUGUUCAAACGUUCCUGAUAUAUAUUUAACUAACUCAAUGUGUGUGGUUCAUUACGAUCUCAAGCAUGUGUAGUGUAAGACUUGAUUAUCUGUUUAAGCUACUGCUCAUUGGAGAUUCUGGUGUCGGCAAGUCGUGUCUUCUCCUGAGAUUUGCUGAUGAUUCUUACAUUGAGAGUUACAUUAGUACCAUCGGUGUCGACUUUAAAAUACGAACAGUGGAGCAAGAUGGGAAGGUUAUCAAGCUUCAAAUUUGGGAUACUGCUGGUCAAGAACGGUUCCGUACAAUUACUAGCAGCUACUAUCGUGGCGCCCAUGGUAUUAUUAUUGUGUAUGACGUCACGGAUGAAGAAAGCUUCAACAAUGUGAAGACAUGGCUGACUGAAAUUGACAAGUUUGCCACCGACAGUGUGAAUAAGCUUCUUGUUGGAAACAAGUGUGAUUUAACCUCAAAGCGAGCAGUCCCCUAUGAUACUGCCAAGGCAUUUGCUGACGAGAUUGGGAUCCCAUUCCUGGAAACGAGUGCGAAGAGUGCUACAAAUGUAGAAGAGGCAUUCAUGACCAUGGCAUCUGAGAUUAAGAAAAGAAUGGCGACACAACCUGCAAUGAAUGCAACCAGGCCAACAACAGUGCCGAUUCGAGGGAAGCCAGUGAACAACCAAAGUUCCAACUGCUGCUCAUCUUAAGUUCCUUGGGAGUAUAAGCUUUCUUUGAAACUCAUUCCAGGAGGAGAAGAUUUAGAUGCAUGGGGUUUUGUCAGUUGCAGAUCAACCCCCUGUGUACAGAAAAAGUCCAAGAGAGAAUAGAACCACAUUUUGCUGUUGCACCCUCACAUAUGAAUUUCUUAUAGGAUUUCGUUUGGAUUUUGGAUUUUCUUUUUACUUAUUUUUCUUGAUAUAAUGAUUCAUAAUUCAAUUGGUUGCAUCCCAUUAAUCUUUAUGCUCUCCUCUGAGUUUGUUUUAGUGUAGAAUUUCCCUCCUAAUGUCCCACAUUUCGAGGUGGCAUCUGCAUCAUUUUUCUUCUAUUAACAAGGACUAAUAAUGACUCCAAUGGAGAAGCUGAGUAUAAAUUUUAACAAACUUG